AUGGGCAUGUUACCAGGCUGGGGCUGGCUCCUUGUCCCAGUUUGUCAGGCUCUGACUGUCCCCAGGGAGGUGAGUGGCCGGGCUGGGGAGAGGCUCUCCCUCCGCUGCUGGUACUCCCGGGGCUACGAGAGCUACAACAAGUACUGGUGCCAGGGGGACACCCGGGGCUCCUGCCACAAGGUGGUGGAGACAGCAGGGCAAGAAGCACCCCAGCAGCAUGGCCGGGUCUCCAUCCAUGACAACCACGUCUUCUGUGUGGUCCUGGUCACCGUGGAGGACCUGUCUGAGGAGGAUGCUGGGAGUUACUGGUGUGGAAUCGAGAGGACGGGCUUGGACCUGAUGGAGCCAGUGACAGUGAGGGUGGUUCCAGUUCUCCCGGGCACCCACACCCCCUGGAACUCCAGCACGGUGUCAGAGCAUCCCCCCUCCACCAACACCACAGCCACAGGCCCCUCGGGACCAGCCCUGAGUGUCCUGGUGCCCAGCACGGUCCUGCUCUCCCUCCUGGCUGCUGCCGGCUCUGCCAGGCUCCUCUGCACCCUGUGCAGGAGGGGAGGUAACGCUGCCCGAGCCGGUCCCGUCCCAGACACAGCCCAGUGCCUGUCCCAGGGCCUGCGGGACAAACCCAUCCCAGGCAAGAGGCUGCAGGGAGCUCCCCCCGCGGCUCCUCUUCCUGCCCCGCUGCCCCCUCGCACCAAAGUCCCCGCUGUCCCCCGGGAGGAGGGCAGGGCCACAGAGCCAGAGCUCGGUCCCCUCUGCAGCCACGGGCAGGACCUGGCAGAGGGUGGCCACAGUGACAUGAAGCAGGACACUGAGCAGGAGGGCGAUGGUGUCUAUGCAAACACCCUGUGA